UAUAGCAGUCACAAGCAGAGACAAAAGAAAAUUAAAAGAACGAGGAAUGGAUUGGAAUACGUCGAAAGAACUGGGUAGCAUGGAGGAAUUGGUUGCUGAACUUGAGAAGGAAGCAUACUAUAAACUCUUGCGUGCUUUCAGGAUUCAAUCCAAUGAUAUUUCAUGGGAGAAGGAAUCGGUUCUAACUAAUCUUAGGGAACAAUUGAGAAUCUCAAAUGAUGUUCACGGAGAGCUUCUUCGCACUCUUGAUUCUGAUGACUUCCUGCAAAAUGCAAUCAGAGAGAAAGAGAAACCAACUAGCCAAGGCGGUGAUCAACAUGCAAUAGGAAACAGAUCUCCCCGCCCCAUAAGAACUCGGAGAUUAUCCGAAUUGUAUUUACAUGAGGACACAGGAGUACAAGCUACAGAACUUGGUGACAUAGGCCAGUAUAAUAAUAUUCCAGUUGCAGGAAGAAUUGUUAGAAAUGAAAAUGUUGGGUGGAAGAGAGCUGAUCAAGAUUAUAGUUGAUGAGGUAAAUAUGACAUUGCCAUAGCAUGGCUAAGUAUUGAGAUUCCUAAGUAUUGCUAUAUAAUUAAGGAGAGUGGUGUUUUCAGGUGGAUGGAACUCUGGUUUGAAGUCAUCUAAAUUCUCUGGAUCUCAAGAAUGCAAAGAAAUUGCUGUUAUGGUUCUUGUCACCUUCUUUUUACUUCUAUCACUGUUCAUACUUAAGUGUACAGGACCAUGAGCAUUUACAUACCAUGCAGGAUAUUCUAUUCA